AUGGCCGUGCAAACGUCGUGUCUGCCAGGACCUCUACGCUUGACGGCUGCUCGGAGGCUGCGAGACGACACAUCAAUGCUACGACGCCUGCCACCACCGGCCUCAGUGGAGGUUGACUCGACGACCCUCAGGGUACCACCACUCUCCGAGGCCGAGGAGGCCGCCCUUCCCACUGGGGCCGGUCAACACCGCACCGACUCAACUACGCGGAGGUGGCAGGAGCAGAUGGCCCAACGUCCACUUAAAUUGCUUGUGCUUCUUCUCCUCUUCACCCUCCUCAACUCCUUGCCCUUCCAUCGACUAUUCCGACUUUUGUAG